GGAGCUGUAGUUUACAGAUACAGGCGGUGGGCGGCCUCAGAACGAAAUCGGGCCUCAACCGGAUGGCGGUUGCUAGGUGCGGCUGCCGGCCCUGGGGCUCGCUUCUCGGGCUGCUCGGACUGGUCUUGGCCACCGCCACCGCCUGGGACGUGGCUUUUCUGCGCUGCAGCUUCGGCUCGUACUGCGAAUGCGACUUCUGGCCCGACUUGCCGGGUCUGGAAUGUGACCUGGCCCAGCACCUGGCUGGCCAGCACCUGGCCAAGGCCCUGGUGGUGAAGUCACUGAAGGCCUUUGUACGGGACCCGGCCCCCAGCAAACCACUGGUCCUGUCCCUGCACGGCUGGACGGGCACCGGGAAGUCCUACGUGAGCUCCCUGCUGGCGCAGCGUCUCUUCCGGGGCGGCCUGCGCAGCCGGCACGUACAUCACUUCUCCCCCAUCAUCCACUUCCCGCACCCCAGCCACACCGAGCAGUACAAGAGGGAGCUCAAGAGCUGGGUGCAGGGGAACCUCACUGCCUGUGGCCGAUCUCUCUUCCUCUUUGAUGAGAUGGACAAGAUGCCCCCUGGCCUGAUGGAGGUCUUGCAGCCCUUCCUGGGCCCCUCUUGGGUUGUAUAUGGGACCAACUAUCGCAAAGCCAUUUUCAUCUUUAUCAGCAAUACUGGUGGGGAGCAGAUCAACCAGGUGGCCUUGGAGGCGUGGCGCAGUCACAGGGAGAGGGAAGAAAUCAGCCUGCAGGAGCUGGAGCCAGCAGUCUCCCAGGCUGUGUUCGACAACCCUCACCAUGGCUUCUGGCGGUCUGGCAUCCUGGAGGAGCACCUGCUGGAUGCCGUGGUGCCCUUCCUCCCGCUCCAGAGGCAUCACGUGCGCCACUGUGUACUCAAUGAGCUGGUUCAGCUGGGCCUGGAGCCCCGAGAGGAAGUGAUUCAGGCUGUGCUGGACAGUACCACCUACUUCCCAGAGGAUGAACAGCUCUUCUCGUCCAAUGGCUGCAAGACAGUGGCCUCCCGAAUCACCUUUUUCCUCUGAGACCUCUCAGGGGCAUCACUGCCUCCACUGUCGGGACACAAGAAACAGGAAAGGCCUGGGCGUCUCCCAGAGGGAUCUUUCCUAAGCUGCCUGGCAAGUGGGACCCAGAGCACAGAGCUAAGAUGAAGAAGGGUGUUGGCCAGGCCAAAGAAGAAAGGCUUGGAAGGCCUCUUCACCAGGAAACUCCUGGGCACCCCAGAUCCUCACAGAUUUGCUGUGGCCUGCAGCCUGAGCCUUCUCAAUGUGAACUGUAACUCAGGGACAAAGGUUCAUGGCUGCUUGUGUCGGGGCUUUUACCUGUAUGCCUUGCCUGGCUCCGUGCUCAGAUCUCAGCCCAUGGCUGGACCUGGGAACCCAGCAACGACAGACUGGAUCCUCACAGUUUCACCAAAUGGAGGGACUCUAGCUGCCACCUGGGCCUGGAUUUCGAAGUUUUUAAUUUUGCACGGGAAGAGAACAGGAAUAAUAAAUUUAGCCAUGGGAUUGGA